UUGCAAGAUAUGAAAAUUGUAUCGGCAGCAUAUUAUGAUUUGCAGAAAUUAAAGGAAUAUCUCUCUUUGCCCCAAGAGAAUCUUCCCUGCACCACACGCGCCUGUUACUCCCACUUCCAUCUCCACUCUCCACCUUUCCAAUCAUCGCUCCUUUACGGCGGCGGCGCUUUUAUCUCUUACUCCACCGUCAACCUCCCCAAUUCCCGCCAGAAAAAGUGAGAACAUGUCGGCGAUUCAGACGUUUUUCCUUCAAGGCUCUGCUUCAUCUCUCCUUUCUUCUCAUUCAUCCGUCGCCACUAGCUGCCGCAAAGUUUCCGUUAAAUUCACCGUCUCAUGUUGCUCGGAGGCGUCUCCCUUGACUGUUAUGAACGGGAAUGUGGAUAAGAGGCCUUCCGAGAGAACCGAAGUUCGCCUCGGUUUGCCUAGCAAAGGCCGAAUGGCUGCUGACUCUCUCGAUCUUCUCAAGGACUGUCAGCUAUCAGUUAAGCAGGUGAAUCCACGACAAUACGUUGCAGAAAUUCCACAGAUAUCAAAUCUGGAAGUUUGGUUUCAACGACCAAAAGACGUUGUGCGGAAGUUGGUAUCAGGAGAUUUAGACCUUGGCAUCGUUGGUCUCGACACAGUUUGUGAAUAUGGGCAGGGAGAUGAAGAUCUCAUCAUUGUCCAUGAUGCCCUUGAGUAUGGUGAUUGUCGUUUAUCUCUGGCUAUACCAAAAUAUGGGAUUUUUGAGAAUGUGAACUCAAUGAAGGAGUUAGCAGAGAUGCCGCAGUGGACACCUGAGAGGCCACUGAGAGUUGCAACAGGAUUCACAUAUUUGGGUCCUAAAUUUAUGAAAGAGAAUGGACUGAAGCAUGUCAGUUUUUCAACUGCUGAUGGAGCCCUGGAAGCAGCUCCUGCGAUGGGAAUAGCUGAUGCUAUUGUGGAUCUAGUGAGCAGUGGAACCACACUUAGAGAAAACAAUCUGAAGGAAAUAGAAGGUGGAGUCAUUGUGCAAAGCCAGGCAGUUCUUGUCGCUAGCAGAAAGUCCCUGCAGCGAAAAGUUGUACUUGAUGUAACACAUGAAAUGCUAGAAAGACUGGAGGCACAUCUGAGAGCUGCUGGUCAAUUUACGGUAACCGCUAAUAUGCGAGGAAGCAGCAUGGAGGAAGUCGCUGAAAAAAUACUGAACCAAAAGUCACUAUCUGGAUUGCAGGGACCCACCAUAAGUCCAGUCUUUUGCAAGCGGGAUGGACGGGUUACAAUUGAUUACUUUGCCAUUGUCAUAUGUGUACCAAAGGACACACUUUACGAGUCUGUUCAGCAGCUUAGGAAGAUUGGAGGGAGUGGUGUCCUGAUUUCUUCGUUGACCUAUAUUUUCGAUGAAGAACCACCAAGAUGGCGUCAACUCCUUUCAACUUUGGGGCAUUGAUCUGUCUAGCAAUGCCUCGGAUGGUAUCCACAACCACAAUGCCUUUUUUGGAGAGGCAAACAUGAAGAAACUGGGACUCCAUUAUAGAGACCUGUAUUGGAAAAUCGGCAUUGUUAAUAAACUGGAAACUUUUGUAUCGCGUUGACAUUUAGACUUCCUAUUAAUAUCAGCUCUUGUUGUAACAUUAGUGUGUCAUUCUUUUUUUGGUGCCGGUGGCAAUUCUGAGAUUGCAUAAAGGUGAUAUUUGCCACGCUGAACAGUGGAGUGCCCUUUUUAUCCUAUUAUUAUAUAGAGUUGUUCUAUCGAUGCUUUAAGUUCUA